CUCCCUUUGGCUCGGCCCGCGCGCCCCAGGCCCGGCUCGGGCGGCGCGACGGGAGGAUGAGCGGCGGGCGGCGGAAGGAGGAGCCGCCUCAGCCGCAGCUGGCCAACGGGGCCCUCAAGGUGUCCGUGUGGAGCAAGGUGCUGCGGAGCGACGCGGCCUGGGACGACAAGGAUGAAUUUUUAGAUGUGAUCUACUGGUUCCGACAGAUCAUCGCUGUGGUCUUGGGUGUCAUUUGGGGUGUUUUGCCCUUACGAGGCUUCUUGGGAAUAGCAGGAUUCUGCCUCAUCAAUGCAGGAGUCCUGUAUCUCUACUUCAGCAACUACCUACAAAUCGAUGAGGAAGAAUAUGGUGGCACCUGGGAGCUCACUAAAGAAGGGUUUGUGACAUCAUUUGCCUUGUUCAUGGUCAUUUGGAUCAUCUUUUACACUGCCAUCCACUAUGACUGAUGGCAUUUGUUCCACCUCUUCUGUGCAAUCCAGAGGACCCUUUUAUCACAUCACAGGUACAUGCUUAUCGGGGCACUACUGGCCUGUGGAACCAAGAAGACCCACAUCUCCUGAACUUAGAAUCAGCGUGUUGGGCAUCGGUGUUUUCUGCAAGGGUUGUGAAACUUUUUAAA